AUGUUAAUCAAUAUUAUUAUAUUUAACAUCUUGUGGAAUAUACAAUUUACUACACAGAUACCAUUAGAAACCACUCAUACUAAUCAAUUUUCUACAUCCACUCCCAUUGCAGUCAAUCAAUAUCGAAAUAAUUCAGUUCAUACUAUCAUUACUGAUGAUCAUAUUAAUAAAAUAUUGGAAAAGCUUGGUUCAUCUACAGUCACUUUUACAACAGAAUCAUCACCCACACCCACAAUAGAAACCUCUUCAUUUACAAAUCUAGCAUCAUUUAUUCCUCCAUUUCAAACCAUGCGUUUACCUAUUAAUCCUGAUAUUAUUGCACCUGAUGGUUCAUUAGUUCGUAAUUUAUUAACAACAAUUGGUGGUAGUAUGGCACAAUUUGAUCUUCCUCCUGGUAUGACAUCAAAUGCUGUUGAACAUCAAACUGUUUAUGAAAUAUGGUAUUUUCUAUCUGGUCAAGGUGAAUUUUGGCGAAAACAAAAAGAAAAAGAAGAAAUUGUAACAGUCGAUGCUAAUGUAUGUAUUACCAUACCGGUCGGUACACAAUUUCAAUUUCGUACAAUUGGACACAAACCACUUGUAGCAGUAGCAAUUACAAUGCCACCAUGGCCAGGUCAUGAUGAAGCUAUGUUGAGACCGGGUAUUUGGAAUGCAAGUUUUAUUGGCAUCGAAAAUUCAUCGACAAAAUUAACUAAUUCAAUCUAUCGAUGGUUUAUUAUUGCCACUUUCCUCAUCGUAAACAUAAUCUGA